UAUCGUUAAAAAGGAAAAAAGAACAAAGAAAAAGGAAGAACAAGAAGCGCCGUCGCCGAUCUGUAUCUGAUGGUCUGAAAGAGAGAUAACAACAGCCGUCAGAUAAACUAACACGAGGAAAACUAUAUCGGUUAAGAAAAGCUAAUAGCGCGGCGGGUUAAAAUUGCAAAAAACAAUCUCGUAAGUUGUCUCUCUUUCCAUAUUUGGUUCUUUGUAUGUAAUUAAGCAAUCUCAUUUCUUCUCUCUCUCUCUCUUCGCGGCGAAGAGCGAAAGCCAAACGAGGGUUUUCUUCAAGGGUUUGGUGUGAUUGAUUGGGCUACCUGCUCUAUUUGGAUAUCCAGGUUUCAAUAUUGGGUUCUUCUAGAAGCUUCAUCAAUUUUCUAUCUCAGCUUCAUACUAACUUUUCUAUUGGAUUUUGAAGCUCCAAUUUUGUGUCUCCAAUAUCAAUUAGGGUUUAUGUGAAUCUAUAUAUGCUUUAUUUAUUACCCCAAAUGCGUUAAAUUCGUAAUAGGGAAUAAAUGAGAGUCUCCCUAUUGGGUUACAGGGAUGUUUCCAUGUUGAAUUUACUGUUACGUGGAAAAUCUUAAUAUUAACUGUUGGACGAAGGAGAAAAUUGGUGCUGUUCGGUGAAAUUGAUUUUGCCCAUUUGUCUACUGAGAACCAUAACGAAUUAGUUUAUCCCGACAUUGUGGAAAUUGUGAAAGUCGUCUCGAGGUAAUGCUAUUGAUGUCUUUGGAUCCAACAUGGCGUAUUUAUACCCAUUAGUAGGCGAAAGCCUAUCACUUCAAAACAAUUAAUCAGGACCGUGCCAUCUUUGCUUCAUUUUUAAUUAUUGAGACUGAUUAAAUUUGGUUGGCAUGUGCAGACUUUAGGAGUUUAUUUAUCAUAUAGUACUUACUGUUCCCGUACAGUUCACUGGGCAGAGGGAAUUGAACAAGUGUUUUAAUAAGGGUUCGGGUGAAAUUAUGGGGAAGUCACGCAAAGUUUCAAGAGAUUAUGUGUCUGGGUUUGUGCCGGAUUAUCGUCAUGCUGUUGGAACAAUGGCAGAAUCUGAGGGUUUUGGUAGCUCAGGACGAGUUGAAACUGAAAUGACAGCUUCAGAUGAUUCUUGUGCACCGAAGAAGAGAUGCAUUAAUUUCAGUGCUGAUGAUUACGAUCAAUUUGGUGUACCUACUCAAGUUUUGUCGUUGUCCAAGAUGUCAUGCUCCGAGAGAAAAGAUUUGAAAAUAAGGUUGAGGAAUGAACUUGAACAUGUUAGAAUACUGCAGAAGAAAAUUGCUUCUUUUAGCUCAAAUUUUGGAGUUCUUUCACCUGUUAGUGAUAUACAUAGUUGCAGUGAUGGGCGGAGGAGGCCGGGGGCGGAGAUAUCUCAGAGUUUUAUGAAAGAAGCAAAAGUACCUCGCGGAAAGAAAAAGACUGCUCAAGGAAGAAAUGGACCUCGAACAAAAGGAUUAGGGGCUCGGCGGCCUGAGCCAGUGAAACAGGCCGUCUCAAACACUAGCAUAGUGAUGUUUAUGAAACAAUGCGAGACACUGCUAAACCGGAUGAUGUCACACCAAUAUGGUUGGGUCUUUAAUGCGCCCGUUGAUGUGGUAAAACUAAAAAUCCCAGACUAUUUCACUGUUAUUAAGCAUCCAAUGGAUUUGGGGACCGUAAAAUCAAAGUUGAUGUCAGGGGAAUAUUUAAGUCCUUUGGAAUUUUCUGCAGAUGUGAGGCUCACCUUUAAGAAUGCAAUGACAUACAAUCCACCAGGAAACGACGUUCAUAUUAUGGCUCAAACACUUAGCAAAUUUUUUGAGGCUAGAUGGAAACAGAUAGAGAAGAAUAUUCCUGUAGCAGAAGAAGAACCUUUACCUUCAAAGUCGAGUGUUAUUUUAGAAACUGAAAGUGAAGCUCCUUUAGUAGUACCACCUUAUAAGAAGAAGAAAAUUGCUCCAUUUGAAAACAAGGGUAGAUCAGAACCGGUAAAGCAAGUCAUGAGUGAUUUUGAGAAGCAUAAACUCAGUAUGGAGCUGGAGGCAUUACUGGCUGAAUUACCUGAAAAGAUAAUUGAUUUCCUAAAGGAGAGCAGCCUUCAUGGAAGUCAAGUUAGUGAAGAUGAGAUCGAGAUUGAUAUUGAUGCUCUCACUAAUGAUACACUGUACAAGUUACGGCAGCUUUUGGAUGAGUAUCUACUGGAUAAACAGAAAAGUCAGGCAAAAGCUGAACCUUGUGAGAUGGAGCUUCAGAAUGAUUCUGGUUUUAGCAAUUCAUCCAUGCAGCCAUGCAAAGACAAUGAUCCAGCAGAUGAGGAAGUUGAUAUUGGAGGAAAUGAUCCACCUGUCUCAAGUUUCACACCCAUGGAGAUUGAAAAGGACCUUGUUCGUAGAGACAAUAAAUGCAGCAGCUCAACUAGUUCUAGAAGUGAUUCAGGCUCUUCAUCUAGUGAUACAGACUCCGGGAGCUCUUCUAGUGGUGAAUCUGAUGGUGCUAAUGGUUCAAUUCCCUUAACCAACCCAAAGGUGACAGUGAGUUCUGGGUUGAGCUUAGAACAGAAAGAGCUCAAUCAACAAGAGUCUAGAGAUUCCUUGGAUGGCUUUACAGAGCGGAAUUCACAACCAAAGUCUAUUUUAGGUGAACCCAAUGAUCAUCGUGAGGGGGAGAGUGCUCCACCUGAGAGGCAAGUCUCCCCUGAGAAACUUUACCGUGCAGCGUUGUUGAGGAGUCGUUUUGCAGAUACCAUAUUAAAAGCGCAAGAGAAAACCCUUGAGAAGGGUGAAGUGUGGGACCCUGAGAAGCUGAAGCUUGAGAAAGAGGAGCUUGAAAGGCGAAAGCGAGAAGAGAAAGCCCGCUUAGAAGCAGAAGCUAAGGCCGCAGGUGAGGCCCGAAGAAAAGCUGAAGCAGAAGCUGCUGCAGAAGCCAAAAAGAAACGAGAACUUGAAAGAGAAGCUGCACGCCAGGCUCUGCUGAAGAUGGAAAAGACAGUUGAAAUCAAUGAGAACAGUCAGUUUAUGGAAGAUCUGGAAUUGUUUAGAGCUGCUCCAGAUGCACAAUUAGAGAGGUUCACUGAAGAGACGAGCCCUGAUCACUCUCAAAAUGGUUUUGGUAGUUUCAAAUUUAAGGCAAGUAGUAACCCAUUGGAGCAACUUGGAUUGUAUAUGAAGGGAGAUGAUGAGGAUGAAGAAGAAAAUGAAUCACAAAGUAUUCCAGAUUUAUCAAAUUGUUCUGAGGACAUAUCAAAAGAUCCGGAGAAAGGAGAGAUCGAUUGAGAUUUUAAAAACUUGAGCUGAUCAAGAAGUUAUAACAGGUGAUUUCAUUCUGAAUGCUCGCAUGCUUUGACAGGCAAUGCUUCGCCUGUUCCUCAUGAUGUUGAUUUGAAGUUUUGAUGCUUUUCCAUUCAAUGUUGCUGCAGAAGACGUUAUUUGCGAAAAAAGUCCAGUUCACUUUACCUUUCUGUUCUGUUGUUUCUCUAGCUUGUGUAAAAAUAGGAAUCAAGAUAAGUUAGUCGCAGUCCAGCCAAAGUAUCUGGGAUGCAGAUGCUGGGUUGCAAACAGUUUUGGUGGGGUUGACGAAUCUAGAUUUAGGUUGCUGCUUAAUUUAAUUUAGUACAAACAAUAAUUGUCUGGUAGAAGCUUAAGCUUUAAUCAUCCUGACUUCUGCCAAGGCACUCAUAAAGCUCCUUUUCCUUAUUUUUUUUCCUUUUUUCCCCGUUUUUAGGACUGUGAUUUUGUGUAUUGAGUAAACAGAUGGGUAUAAAUUUGUUAUAAGUUGUAGAAGUUUUCAUUCGUACUUGUUGAUUUAA